AUGAAAAUUUCAAAUGUCACGAAGCAGAGAUUUAACGACUUGAUGAGCUCACGUACGAAAGUGACCACUUUAUUGUCCAUGGGCUCUCUUCCUUUUGAAGAAAUAGUUUCAAAGCUUUAUCGUGGAACUAUUUUUCUUGUCAUGUCUAGUGGGAUUUGCUUUGUUCUGUUGCUGCUCUCAGACAUAAUAACACUUAAAUUAUCUAAAGUAAAACGUAGUCAUUCUGUACAUUGGUUUAGCAAUGCUUUGAAAAGAUACGAAAAAAGAUGCGGCGUUGUGUCAGCAGGUAAUGGUCAUAAAGUUUUAACAUCUUGUGUGGUCAAAUAA